AUGAUGGUUGGCGAUAGCUUCGCCAGCCGACGCGGGCAUACCAACCAAUUGUCUAUAUCCGAUCCUAGCCAUCACGUCACCGAGGCCAUCGGAACGCUGUAUGGUGAUGAGGACGAUAGCCUCUCCGACAACGGCCGUCCCCUGAGCUUCGUCAGCGCACCGCAGGAGCAGAUUCAAACUGUCGCGCCUGGCAAAUCCCCUUCGCCUACCGAACCUACCCGGCCAUAUCUCAACCGCUCAGCCUCGGACCAGCCUCAAUCUUCCACCCCCCAAGCCGGUGGUCAUGGCAAUCUCAGAAAGGCAAACACCCUAACCGUGAACUCUGCUGCUACGUCGAAUCGCAAUAGCGCAACUGAAAUCCCCACCUCGCCCCGAUCACCGACCAUUUCCCUCCGCGAUGUCCAGACUGACUCGACGUCGCAGUACGCCUUGACAAACAUGGACAACCCCAACGACAUCGCCCAGGAGUUGAGCAACCUCCAGUCCCUCAGACGCAUGUCUAUGGACGUCGGCAACAUGAAAGAUCCGGACAUGCCGCCCAUGUCAUUAUCCAGCAUGCCCAUGAUUGCGCCCAGCGGCAGCGACGACGAGAAUGAUCCUUCCCGGUUGCUGUGGGUUCCGGCUAGCGUCCAUCCUGAGCUUGCGCCCUCCGAGUUCCAGUCUUUUCUCGAGACGCGUGUCAACGCCAUCAGGAGACGUUCGAGGGAGUCGCUCUCCCCUGAGUCGGGUUUAUCGCGCAGCAGCUCCGGCCGGUCGCUAGGCUCCGGCGGCUCCCUAAGGAGACAGAAGUCUAUGCUCUCCAGGCAGGUUGAAUCUGUAGACCAGCCCGGUUCAGAUCACGUCGACGGCGCUGAGAGGCUGGAACAACAGCGGCCGCGCCAGGGCGGCCACAACCGCGAGCUCAGCCUGGAUGAGCUGGUCAAGGACCCCACAAAAGCUGUCAAGAAGCUUGCCCAGGAGUCUCAAGGAGUAGUAGACGGAGCAGAGGCUAGUCCUGAUGACGUCCCGAUCCUCCCCAUGGCCCCCGGCAUGGGCCUGCGCAGGUCAACUCGCACCACGUACCGCAAAGGUGGUAGUCUCCGUUCCGGAGACAGGGCCCUGUCGAGGCGCGUGCAACGUAGCCAGGAUACCGACUCCAUAAACUCAGAGGUGCCCCCUGUUCCUAGCGCCCCGCCAGGUCACGGCCUCGUCAGGGUACAAUCCGAGCCCAUCACCGAUAGCUUCUCCAAACCAUCGAGCUCCUUCCGCCGAGCUGAGCCUAUUAUCCAAGAAUCUAUCGAAGCCCUGGCUGCGCUUGAGGGUUCACCUUCCACCGACCUCCCCCCGACGGCGUCACCUCCCGGAGAUCAUAGCUUGGAUGAUCAAGCAGUCGAUGGGCGGACUGCACAGUCUUCCCAGGAUCCAGUCUCACCACCGCCUCUGAAGGAACCUUCGCCCGAACCUGUCAUUGCCGAACCUCCUCCAAAGUCCAGCAGGCGCCCACAGCAGCAGCAGCAGCAGCAGCAGCAGCAACAACAACAACAACCAUCCCCGCCACAGCAGUAUACGUCGAAGCAACAGCCUCCGGCUCAGUACAACAACCUCGAUGAGCAACUUUCAGGCGGCGGCUCAUCAGGGCCGGGAUCUGUCUCGUACCGAACAGACAAUCUCACCUUGAUCCCUACAAUGACCGAGGAGAAGAAGAGCGACAAGAAAUUGAAGAAGGAUCGGGACGACGACGCAUCAUCGACCAAGUCGUCCGGAAGCAGUGCGUGGAAGUGGUUCAAGACGAGCACAGACGACAAGAAGAAGGAGGAUAAAAAGUCCAAGGCCAAAGCGCUCGUUGAGAAGGCACAGGACAAUGUGCGGCUCGACGUGAUCCAGACGUCGAUUGGAGAGAAGCCGACCCCGAAGGGCCGCGAGAGUUUCGUACUUGAUCGGGAUGCCGUGGACUCGAAGCUGCAGGAGGAGCGCAAAAAGGACACGAACCGGCGGAGCGAUAACAAGAAGGAGAAGGACGGCAACAUCUUCACCUCCAUCUUCGGCGGGAGCAAGAAGAAGGAGGACAAGGACAGGCACAGCAAGAAGUCGCAGCACCUCCGGGUGCCCUCGGAGCAGCCCGUCGUCAAGCCCCUGGAGCCCAACGUCGACUACCACUGGACACGGUUCCCACUGCUGGAGGAGCGAGCCAUCUACCGGAUGGCGCACAUCAAGCUGGCGAACCCGCGGCGGCCGCUCCACAGCCAGGUCCUCCUCAGCAACUUCAUGUACAGCUACCUGGCCAUUGUGCAGGCGAUGCACCCCAACAUGAACGUGCCCGUGUCGCCGCAGCAGAAGCGUCUGGAGGAGGAGGCGAGGCGGAAGCGCGAGGAGGAAGAGUAUCUUGCGCAGCAGCAAAUGUACGAGGGCCAUGACGAUCAGUCGCUGGACCAGUACGACUUUGAGUACCACCGGGUGAGUAUAACUUCUCCCAGCUGCAUCAUAGGCCGCAACGGAUGGCCUGUAGGAAUCGACGCUAACCGGUAA